AUGCUGGGCCACCACCUCCCACCACCACCUGUUGGGCUCAGUGAAGGGGGUCCCACUUCCUGUGCCUUUGGGAUCCCGGAUGGGAGCUACAGAUGUCUGGCCCUGGAGACUGAGGAGAGUGGUGGUGAAGAGGGCCUUCAAGGAGAGGCGGGGCUCAUGGACCUGGAGGAGAAUGGGGUGGCCAGCAGGAGUGGGGACAAGUCAGCCUGCAGAACCACGCAAGGGGCACUGCAGCUGCCCAAAACCCUGGGCACCCAGCCACCCAGCUGCUCCAGGGAGGCACGAGGGGGGUCCCAGCAUGAUGACAGAGUCAGCCAGGACUGGGAUGCAGCAAAGGCCCGGCAGAUGAUGGCAGCCAGCCCCAGCCCCAGCCCCAGCCCCAGCCCUGGCCCCAGGGUGGCCCAGAAACCAGCGUUGGGCCAGAGCACUAGCCUCACCGAGAAGGAUCUGAAAGAGGCCAAGGCACGGAGCCAGCAGAUUGCAGCCCAGCUGACCACCCCUCCCAGCUCCAACUCCCGUGGCGUCCAGCUCUUCAAUAGGCGCCGGCAGAGGGUGAACAAGUUCACUUUGGAGAGCCACGGCCGGAGAGGACAGAAGCCCAGCCAGGAGUGCCUCAGAGUGCACCCUGACAGCCCCACAGGCCAUGCCCGGGGGCUUGGCCUGAGUCCCACAUCACACCCCGAGCCAGGCCGUCCAAAGAACUCCAACUCCCAGAGCCCUGGCACAGGGAUCCCUGGCCACAGCAUGGAGGGGUACUCAGACGAGGCCAACUUGCUGCGGCACCUGGAGAAGGUGGCCAGUGAGGAAGAAGAGGUGCCACUGGUGGUUUAUUUAAAGGAGAAUGCAGCCCUGCUGACGGCCAAUGGGCUCCACCUGUCCCAGAACCGAGAGGCCCAGGAGGCCCCACCGACCCCACCUCUGGCUGAAGUCCAUAGCCCAGAAGCAGAUGUCAACCAAAACCUUUCCUCGCCCAGCGCCACACUCACUACACCAGCUUCUGACAGCAACCACAACCCGCCAGCCACAGAUGUCAAGCAGAACCCACCAGCAGCUGUCAUUCCACUGGCACUUUCUAGUGCCCAACAGAAUUCUUCUGAGGAACAGCUCCCGCCAAAUGGCACAGUGCCAGAUUCCAAACCCAGUACUCUAUGUGCUGGCGGGCAACCCCAGGCACCAGCUGCAGAAGUGAAAUCCAGCACACUCCUAAUUGAUAAGGUAUCAACUCCAGCUUCCACCACCAACACCUUCUCCAGGGAAGCCACUCCCAUCCUCAGCUCGGAGGCCUCGACACCAGAGUUCAUGUCAAGCUCCCUGCUCAUCGAUAUCCAGCCUAGCAGCCUAGGGGGGUCGGCAGAACAAGAGAUGCCUGGGCAGGCAGCCACCACCACACCCGCCAAGCUGUAUAGUGAAGUCCACUUCACACUGGCCAAGCCCCAGUCAGUGGUCAACAGGACGGCCAGACCCUUUGGGAUCCAGGGACCAGGGGGUACCAGCCAUAUGGAACGAAGCCCGAUGGUAGAGAGACGACAUCUCGGGGAGAAGGCCCCAGCCCCCCAGCCCCCCAACCUGGCAGACAGAAGCCCCCAGCCACAGAGACACAUAAUGUCCCACAGCCCUAUGAUGGAGAGACGGCCCUUGGUGCAACGAAGUCCAGCUUUGGAGAGACGGCCCUUGGGGAACUUCACCCCACCCCCCACCUACGCCGAGACCUUGUCCACGGGCCCCCUGGCUUCCCGGAUUAGGUCUCCCCCCUCUUAUUCUGCCCUGUACCCCAGCUCUGACCCUAAGCCUUCCCAUCUGAAGGGCCAGGCAGUUCCCACCAGCAAGACGGGCAUUUUGGAGGAAUCGAUGGCCCGGCGGGGCAGCCGGAAAUCCAUGUUCACCUUUGUGGAGAAGCCCAAGGUUACCCCGAAUCCAGACCUGUUGGAUCUGGUGCAGACAGCCGAUGAGAAGCGGAGGCAGAGGGACCAGGGGGAGGUGGGCGUGGAGGAGGAGCCCUUCGCUCUGGGGGCUGAGGCCUCCAACUUCCAGCAGGAGCCAGUGCCCCGGGAUAGGGCCAGUCCCGCAGCAGCUGAGGAGGCCCUCCCGGAGUGGGCCUCGUGCCUCAAGUCACCCCGCAUCAAGGCCAAACCAAAGCCCAAACCCAACCAGAACCUCUCUGAGGCAUCCGGGAAGGGGGCCGAGCUCUACGCUCGCCGGCAAUCUCGAAUGGAGAAGUAUGUCAUUGAGUCUUCAGGUCAUGCGGAGCUGGCCCGCUGCCCUUCACCCACUAUGUCCCUGCCUUCAUCCUGGAAAUACUCCACUAAUGCCCCUGGGAGCCUCCGAGUGGCCUCUCGCAGCCCAGCCCGGACCCCACCUGCCUCCCUCUACCAUGGCUACCUGCCUGAGAAUGGGGUCCUGCGCCCAGAGCCCACCAAGCAGCCACCAUACCAGAUGCGGCCCUCACUCUUCGUCCUCUCGCCCAUCAAGGAACCUGCCAAGGUCUCGCCAAGAGCGGCCUCACCAAGAGGUGUCUCACCAAGAGCUGUCUCGCCUGCCAAGCCAAGCUCCCUGGAUCUGGUGCCCAGCCUGCCCAAGGCAGCCCUGCCACCAUCUCCUGCCCUGCCUCGGCCCUCACGCUCCUCACCGGGCCUCUACACCUCACCUGGCCAAGAUGGCCCCCAGCCCACUGCUGUGAGCCCUACCUACAGCAGUGAUAUCUCCCCCGUGUCUCCCUCCAGGGCCUGGUCUCGAGCUAAGCAGGCCCCACGGCCCUCCUUCUCCACCCGGAACGCCGGGAUAGAGGCUCAGGUGUGGAAGCCUUCCUUCUGCUUCAAGUAG